GGGCUCGUCCGGGAUCUGCGCGGUCACCCCAGACUCCGAAGACCCCUUGGAGGUAAGCCUGAGUGACUGGGUGUGCGAGUGUGUGCGGCGCCGCGAAGCAUUGCUUUGGUCUCGGUAUCUGGGCAGCCGCCGCUUCGGGCCGAGAGGGCCCAGCGGCUGCAGUGGCAGACGUGCUGGGAACUGCAGGCUGCAACCCUGGGGGACGCCCCAAGGGACAAGGGGAGUCAGGAAAGCCUGACUACCCCCUUUAAGGUAGAAAAAGAAACGGCACUCUUUUUCCCAGGGAGGACACGAAAACCCCUCCCGUCUGAAACCGCCUUCGGUUGGCUUGUACAGACACCAACCGGGCAAAGUUGUUUUUGUUUUGCUGUGUUUUUGAUGUUCAUUGUUCUGUUUUUGUUCGUUACGUGGACCUCAUUUGACGGGAUGGGACAGACUAUGACGACCCCCCUCUCUUUGACCUUAGACCACUGGACUGAAGUGAGAGCGAGAGCGCACGAAUUGUCGGUAGAAAUAAAAAAAGGGCGUUGGCAGACUUUUUGCACCUCUGAGUGGCCCUCCCUCAAUGUGGGUUGGCCCCCUGAGGGGACGUUUAAUCUAACUGUUAUCCUCGCGGUGAGGGCUAUUGUUUUCCAGGAGAGACCGGGGUCCCAUCCUGACCAACGACCAUAUAUUACAGUGUGGCAGGAUCUGGUGCAGAACCCACUCCCGUGGGUUAAGCCAUGGGUAAAAGCAGAAAAACUAAGCCCCCGAGUCCUGGCGCUGCAGGAUGCGGAGACACGGCAAAAAUCGAAAUCAACUCGAACAGCGGAGUCGGAGACCCCUUCGGCCCCCCCCGGGGUCUACCCUGAGAUUGAGCCUCCUCCCGAAUGGCCCCCUUUCUCGCCUCCCCCUUACCCCUCCCCCGCCCCAGGAUCGCAAUCAGGACGGAGGGCGACUGGCUCGGGUCCCUCCGCUGGAACCCGAAGCCGCCGCGGAGCCACUCCGGACGGGCCUGAUACCACGGUGGCGCUCCCGCUAAGAGAGUAUGGAGCUCCUGCGGGGCCCAACCAGCUGUCACCCCUCCAGUACUGGCCUUUCUCUUCCUCAGACCUGUAUAACUGGAAAAAUAACCAUCCCCCCUUUUCAGAAAACCCCGCCGGAUUAACCGCCCUGAUAGAGUCCCUAAUGUUUUCCCAUCAGCCCACUUGGGAUGACUGUCAACAGCUCUUACAGGCACUCUUCACCACGGAGGAGAGAGAAAGAAUCACACAGGAAGCAAGAAAGAAUAUCCGAGGCACCAACGGGCAGCCGGCAACGAUAGCUGAGGCGGAAGAAGGGUUUCCGCACAACCGACCCAACUGGGACUAUAACACGGCUGAAGGUAGGGGGUCGCUGUCCGCUUACCGCCGGGCUCUAGUGGCGGGUCUCCGGGGAGCCGCAAGGCGGCCCACCAAUUUGGCUAAGGUAAGAGAGAUUCAGCAAGGACCCACCGAACCCCCCUCCGUUUUUCUAGAACGAUUGAUGGAGGCUUACCGCAGGUACACGCCCUUUGAUCCGUCCUCGGAAGGGCAGAAGGCCUCUGUCAUUAUGGCCUUUAUUGGACAGUCAGCCCCAGAUAUAAAGAGGAGAUUACAAAGGCUAGAGGGGCUGCAAGACUACGACCUGCGGGACGUAAUAAAGGAGGCUGAAAAGGUGUAUCAUAAAAGGGAGAGUGAAGAGGAAAAGCGAGAGAGAGAGAGAAGGGAGGCUGAGGAGAGGGAAGACAGAAGAGACAGGAGACGAGAAAAAAAACUAACUAAAAUACUGGCCGCAGUGAUAAAAGCGACAGGGCCAGAUCACAGACAGUCAGGGAACCUGGGCAACGCCCCACGACCAGGCUCACGCAGACGGCAACCCUUGGACAAGGACCAAUGUGCCUAUUGUAAGGAGAGAGGACACUGGGCAAGGGAAUGCCCCAAGAAAAGGGCCACACCCAAGGUGUUGUCUUUAGGAGAGGACGAAGAAUAGCGGGGACGGGGCUCGGGCCCCCUCCCCGAGCCUAGGGUAACCCUAACUGUUGAGGGGACCCCUAUGAGUUUUCUGAUUGAUACUGGGGCUGAAUAUUCAGUACUGAAGCAACCUUUGGGGAAAUUAAAAACUAAAAAGACUCUGGUUGUUGGAGCCACUGGGCAGAAACAAUACUCAUGGACUACUUCCCGGACAGUGGACUUGGGGAAAGGAAGGGUGUCCCAUUCCUUCCUAGUGAUUCCUGAAUGCCCGACCCCGUUGCUAGGUCGAGACCUUUUAACCAAACUGAAAGCUCAAAUAGAUUUUGCUCAACCUCGGCCUACAGUAUCCUGGUCCGCACCUACCACCAUGAUAUUGGCCCUGGAGCUAGAGGAAGAAUAUCGGCUCCAUCAGCAGCCUAAGCCUAGAGCUCGGCUCAAUACCGAUAAGUGGCUGAUCGAAUUUCCAACGGCAUGGGCUGAAACCGGGGGACUAGGGACGGCUACGAGAAUUCCCCCAGUCGUGAUAGAUCUUAAGGCCGGAGCCCUCCCGAUAAGGGUGCGUCAAUACCCAAUAAGCAAAGAGGCCAGAGAAGGAAUCCGCCCCCAUAUCCAGAGGCUGCUCCAACAAGGAAUCCUGGUUCCUUGCCAGUCUCCUUGGAACACCCCCCUCCUGCCUGUAAAAAAGCCUGGAACUAAUGAUUAUAGGCCGGUCCAGGAUUUGAGAGAAGUAAAUAAGAGAGUGCAGGAUUUACACCCUACCGUGCCAAACCCAUAUAACUUACUCAGCUCCCUCCCCCCAUCACGAAAAUGGUACACUGUCUUGGACCUGAAAGAUGCAUUCUUCUGUCUACGGCUUCACCCAAAAAGCCAAUUACUUUUUGCUUUCGAGUGGCGCGACCCUGAUAUGGGGAUCGUUGGACAACUGACUUGGACGAGACUACCUCAAGGUUUUAAAAACUCCCCUACCCUGUUUGAUGAAGCCCUCCACAGGGACUUGACUGAUUAUAGGGUUAAAAACCCUCAAGUGACUCUUUUACAGUAUGUAGAUGAUCUACUGUUGGCGGCGGAAACCCCGGGAGACUGUGAAGAAGGGACCAAGCGCCUCCUGGCCGAGUUGGGUGAGUUGGGAUACCGGGCGUCGAAAAAAAAGGCACAGUUGUGCCAGGAAAAAGUAGUCUACUUAGGCUACACAUUAAAGGACGGCCAAAGGUGGUUAACCGACGCACGGAAAAAGACUGUGACCCAGAUUCCGGCCCCAACCUCCGCUCGCCAGGUAAGGGAAUUCCUGGGGACAGCCGGCUUCUGCCGAUUGUGGAUCCCUGGGUUUGCUACCCUGGCUGCUCCACUGUACCCAUUGACUAAGGAAAGUGGGAACUUUGUCUGGACUCUAGAGCACCAGAAGGCUUUUGAGACUCUAAAACGGGCAUUAUUAGAGGCACCCGCGUUGGCCCUACCAGAUUUGACCAAGCCCUUCACCUUGUAUGUAGAUGAAAGAAAGGGAAUCGCCCGGGGAGUCCUAACUCAAGCCCUUGGGCCCUGGAAGCGCCCAGUCGCAUAUCUAUCAAAAAAACUGGAUCCGGUAGCCAGUGGAUGGCCCUCCUGCUUAAGGGCAAUCGCCGCCACUGCCCAGCUGGUAAAAGAUGCAGAUAAGUUAACUCUGGGCCAACAGAUAACCGUAGUAGCCCCCCAUGCCUUAGAAAGCAUUAUCAGACAGCCUCCAGAUCGAUGGAUGACUAACGCCCGGAUGACUCACUACCAAAGUCUGCUCCUAACUGAGAGAAUUACCUUCGCCCCACCGGCCAUCUUAAACCCGGCCACACUACUGCCCGAAGCAGAUGAUGAAAUACCUGUUCACCAAUGCGGCGACAUCUUGGCAUCAGAAACGGGGACCCGACCCGAUCUGCCGGAUGAGCCAUGGGCUGGGGCCCCUAAUUGGUACACCGACGGCAGCAGCUUUAUGGCAGAAGCCCGCUUGAAAGCACUCGAGGCCGUCAGGCGCGACAUCUGGAACCAGCUAAAAGAGGCCUACCAGCCUGGUGAUCUGCUCAUCCCGCACCAAUUCCAGGUUGGGGACUCUGUCCUUGUGAGACGACAUCGGACGGGGUCAUUAGAGCCACGUUGGAAGGGGCCCUACGUGGUGCUCCUCACUACGCCCACAGCAGUCAAGGUGGACGGUAUAACCUCUUGGGUUCACGCCACACACGUAAAGAAGGCACCCCAGAAUGCAGCAGAUCUCUGGAAGGUGGAAAAGACUGAUAACCCUCUUAAGCUGCGUUUGCGUCAUGGGAACGGCGAGCAGGUCGUCCAAUCCUAAUCCCCACGCUCCUCAACUGCUCACGUGGCAAGUCGUCUCCCAGGUAGGAGAUAUAACCUGGUCAAUCCAAAAAACUGCUUCCCCUUGGACAUGGUGGCCAGACUUACACCCUGACCUUUGUAAACUGGCUAUAGGAACCCCUGACUGGGAUUUCAUGGGUCGACGAAGGGGGGCAAAACAAGCCGGAGGAUGCCACUCCCCCCAUCGCAAGGGUAAACUAAAGGCAUACCCCUUUUACGUGUGCCCCGGUCACCACAGACCUCGUUCAAUUGACUCCUGGUGCGGGGGCAAAGAAGACUUCUACUGUAAAAACUGGGGAUGUGAAACCAGUGGGACUACUUAUUGGGAACCCUCCUCUUCUUGGGAUUUAAUCAGGGUUAGAGCAAAUUAUAGCCACCAGAUGAGUCGGGGCUCAGAAUGCAAUACCUGGUGCCACCCCUUAACCAUUCAGUUCACAGGGAAGGGAAAAACAAUUAAAACCUGGAUCGGGAAUGGUCAUUCAUGGGGAAUAAGAUUGUACAAAGAACGGUACGAUGAUGGCCUGACCUUCUCUAUUAGAUUAAAAAUAGAACCCCCCGCCAGCAGACCAAUAGGGCCAAACGGGAUCCUAGCCGAUCAGAGGUCCCCUCUGCCCCAAAAAUCCCCCGCCAGCAGACCGAUAGGGUUAAAUAGCCCCAAACCCCCCCAGGUAAAAUCCAUAACCCUAAAUGGGGCCGUAGAUAUGGUCACCAGAUCUGCUCUGCGACCACCAUCUACGCCACCUCCCGCAGUACCUACUGAGACGCCUUGAAUGAUUCCAACCCUGAAAUGACUGAAUCAUGCUGGCUAUGCCUAGCGGUCAGCCCCCCUUAUUAUGAAGGAAUUGCCACCAUGGGGGUCUAUAAUAACACCCCAGACCACACGACUUGUCUUUGGGGCAAAGAAGGGCGGCUAACCCUAACGGAUGUGUCGGGGACCGGUUCAGGACUAUGCUUAGGAAAAAUUCCCCCAGGCUACCAGGCUCUAUGUAAUAAGAUUGAAGUCAGCCUUCCGACUACUCCUGGUCAUUUUUUGGUACCAGGACCCAAUAGGUGGUGGGCCUGCACCACGGGCCUAACCCCCUGCAUCUCAACUAGCGUAUUCAAUUCGUCACAAGAUUUUUGCGUGCUUGUGCAGUUGGUGCCUAGAAUUUAUUAUCAUACUGCCAAUAGUUUCGAGGAUGAAUUUGACCAGAGAUCCAGAUUAUGGAAAAGAGAACCAGUAUCCCUCACCCUGGCUGUACUCCUGGGACUGGGAGUUGCCGCGGGCGUAGGGACUGGCACUACGGCCUUAGUCACAGGAGAAAGGGGAUUAACUGCCUUGAGCAAUGCUAUAGAUGAAGACCUCAGGACUUUAGAACAGUCCAUCUCUAAAUUAGAAGAGUCCCUCACCUCCCUGUCUGAAGUAGUGCUCCAGAAUAGAAGAGGAUUAGAUCUGCUGUUUUUAAGAGAGGGAGGACUUUGUGCGGCCCUUAAAGAAGACUGCUGUUUCUAUGCAGAUCACACAGGGGUAGUCCGAGAUUCAAUGCAAAGAUUAAAGAAAAGAUUAGACAUGAGGCAGCAAAGCAGGGAGGCGCAACAAAGCUGGUUUGAAUCCUGGUUCACUAAGUCCCCCUGGAUGACGACCUUACUAUCCUCCCUAGCAGGACCCUUGCUGAUUCUUUGUCUACUUUUGGUUUUCGGACCAUGUGUUUUCAAUAGAAUUACUGCUUUCAUAAGAAAAAGAGUCAAUGCAGUGCAUGCUAUGAUGCUCCAACGCCAUUACCAAGCUCUCCCACGCAAUGAGCCACUGAUAGUAGACUCCGAAAACUAAGUUCUAAGAUUAGAACUAGGGACAAAAGAAGAAGUGGGGAAUGAAGGAAGUAAAUUAUAUUAAAAAUUUAAAAGUUAAUACCUUAGAGACAGGCACCUCCACACCCUAAGGAUUCCUGGUAUAAGGCGGAACGUUUAUCGAUCCUGACUGACUCUAUUCAUAGAAGACUCGCCCUAAACUGUUCGGGGAAAAUUGAGAACAAGAGAGUGCUCCAGAGGGAUAAGUUUGGGAGGGUCGGGGUGGAGGGGGUCCAGAUGGGGACGCGUGUGUGUAACCUGAUAAUUGCUUCGCGCCAUAGCAAUUCGCGCCAUAAAAUGUAACUGUUUAAAUGUUUUAAAUUAGCCAAUCAUGUAAGACCGCGCCAACCUUUUCCCUCUUUAUGCUUCCGAAUCCUAUAAAAGAGCUUGCCCCUUAAGGUUCGGGGUCGACCCCUCUGUCUCCUGCGAGAGAUACGUGUCGACCCGGAGCUCCGCUUAAUAAAACCUCGUGCAUUUGCAUCAA